GAUGGAUUCUGGUGGUUGAGGGUACUAGCAGUACAUCGUGUGAAUCAGACUUUCAACUUGGCAGCAAUCUCUAGUCAACCCUAACCCUACACAUUUCUUAGUAAGGUACUGAUACAACGAUGUCUUUACCCAUGUUACCUCCGCUAUCUAAGUUUUGUCCAAAAUACCGAUGAUGCCCUGAGACUUUUCCGCAGUGACUCAUUCGUCUCAUUGAUCGUCAACUCACUAGCACGGUAGCUUUUAUAAAGCUCGCCUAUUGAAGCUGUUGCCCGAACCUCAUUGACACAUUCUCCAUAAUAAAUCUUCGCCCACAACACUGUUCCAAAGAAAACACAUUAUGGAGCUUCUUUACACCACCGUCGACGUCUUCACCGACAGACCCUUCGAAGGAAACCCCUUGGCCAUUGUCACCAUUCCCGCGUCUGUAACCCUGACCCAGAAACAGAAGCAGGACAUUGCGAGGGAAUUCAACUACUCAGAGACAACCUUCGUGCAUGAGGACGACGACCCCGCAUGCACCGAGAGGCGCUUCGAAAUUUUCACUACGACCCAGGAGCUCCCCUUUGCAGGCCACCCGACCGUCGGUAUGGCCGUCUUUCUGAAGCCGCGCGGCGUUAACAAGCUGAUCGCCAAAUCCGGCCCCAUCGACAUUACCGAUGCGGGCGCCGACUCGGUCCGUGCCGUUAUCCCCCACAACGCCCGCCUUCACCAGAAACGUCUGAGAGACCUCGGCCCGGGCCCUUACAGCGAUGCGGUGGCGCAGCUCGCCGAGGCCGAGGUGAACGCACCCGUUUUCAGCAUCGUCAACGGGAUGACAUUUGCCCUCGUCGAGUUGCCUUCGCUGGAAUCUUUGGCUUUGGCCAAGAUAGGGCCGAUCAACUUCCACGAGCAGGAGCUUCUUGAAGAGGGCUGGCGCAACACAUUCUUGACGCGAUACUAUUUUGUGCGCCUCGGGGUCGAGACCAUCGACGGCCGCGUCGUGCAGAAGAUCAGAACACGGAUGAUUGAAACUGAUAUGGAGGAUCCAGCUACGGGGAGCGCUGCCUGCGCGCUGUCCAGUUACCUGAGCCUGAACGUGCUGUCUGGAGAAUCACUCAGCUUCGAGAUCACCCAGGGUGUCGAGAUUGGUCGCAGAAGCCACAUCUACGUCGACGUUAAGGUCAGGAAGGGCUCCGACGGCGAGCGCAAGCUUGAGACGUUGCACCUUGGAGGCAAGGCGACCCGGGUCAUGAGCGGCACCAUCUUUUUGAAGUCAUGAGCGACGCUAGGAAGCGCUGUUGAUUGAGAAACAUAGACAUGCGACUUCGAAGUUCGGUUCUGUGAUAAAGAACAAAGGUCAACAACCCUUCUAUAGCGCAAUAUCUCUGUCAAAGGUCUAGAAUAACGGUGCAAUGUAAAGGUGACCCGCCGGCAGCUUAAUGCGAAUGGAUGGACAUGGUGUUCCGUUUCCGGAACCGGCGCCUGAUUUUAAGUUCAGGGUGACCGAGG